AUGCCGCCGCGCCAGCCGCCUCCGCCCCUCCCGGCCAAGGCGCACGACGCACCCGCGGCUGAUGCGAGCGUCCGGUUGACGGAGAGGCAGCAGAAGAUCAGCGACCGCAUGAAGCAGCAGCAGGCGAGGGUGACGGAGCGCUUCGAGCGGUCAGGCGCAGCGGAAGAGCUGGCGGCGCUCGGAGGCAGCGGCAGCGGCACCUUCCCAACAACGCCAGCGGGGGCGCUGAAGAGGUGCAGCGACCACCUCACGGACUACGAGCAGAGCGAGGUCUUGGACUUCCCGCAGAUCUACUUCACUGGCAAGGGUGCGCGCAAGAUCAAGGGGACCCCUCGCAAUCCGGACCUGAACUUUGGGUACGACGACGACCGGGGUGACUACCUGAUCACGUUGGGCGACCACGUGGCAUAUCGAUACGAGAUCCUCGGCAUUCUCGGCAAGGGGUCGUUCGGACGGGUGGUCAAGGCGCUGGACCACAAGACGGGCACCGAGGUGGCCCUGAAGGUGAUCAGGAACAAGAAGCGGUUCCACCAGCAGGCGCUGAUCGAGGUCAAGAUCCUCGAGCACCUGCGGCACAUGGACGAGGGCGGCCGGAACCACGUGAUCCACCUGGACAGCUACAUGUACUUCCGGAACCACCUCUGCAUCUCCUUCGAGCUCCUCUCCAUCAACCUCUACGAGCUGCUGAAGAAGAACCACUUCCGCGGCUUCCCGGAGUCGCUCAUCUGCCGGUUCUCGCAGCAGAUCCUGCGCGCGCUCUCCUUCCUCCGGCAGCUCAACAUCGUGCACUGCGACCUCAAGCCCGAGAACAUCCUCCUCAGACACGCGCAGCGGUCCGGGGUCAAGGUCAUCGACUUCGGGUCGUCCUGCUUCGAGCAGGAGCGGUCGUUCACCUACAUCCAGUCCAGGUUCUACCGGUCGCCAGAGGUCAUCCUGGGGGUGUCCUACUCCACGCCCAUCGACAUGUGGUCGCUCGGAUGCAUCGUCGCGGAGCUCCGCACGGGCAGCCCGAUCUUCCCCGGAGAGAACGAGCACGACCAGAUAUUGUGCAUCAUGGAGGUCCUUGGGCUGCCCCCGGCCAGCCUUGUGGAUCGCGGCAGCCGGCGGAGGCACUUCUUCGACAGCGCGCGGCAGCCCAGGAUCGUCCCGAACUCGAGAGGAAGGGUUCGACAGCCGGGCAACAAGUCGCUCAAAGGCGUGCUGGGUGGCUCAGACGCGGGCUUCAUCGACUUCGUGCGGCGAUGUCUGACGUGGGACCCGGAGGAGAGGUUGACCCCUGACGAGGCGCUCAACCACCCCUGGAUCCUCCAGGACCGCGCUCCGAGGCAAGCGGUUGCUGCGCACGGCAGCAGCGGAGUCAUCGCGCGCAGCUUGUCCCAGGAGGCCCAGCGCACGGCGCCCCUGCCACCGCUGUCGGGUGGGCACCACUGA